AUGGGCACACAAGAAUCUAAAGAACGAGCAUUAUUUAUUGAUAUAAGCAAGCGUCUUUUAGAAAAUAAAGGAGUUUCAAUAGGAAGCUCUCAGUUAAAAAGAUUUUUUCAUUUCAUUCAAGAAUGUUCACCUUGGUUUCCAGAAAGCGGCUCUUUUGAUCUGAAGACGUGGAAGAAGGUAGGAGAUGACAUGCACAUUUUUUAUCGUCAAUUUGGGGAUGAAAAGAUUCCAAGAGACGCCUUUGCUCUUUGGAACUUGUUUCGGGAUUGCUUUGAUUCUAGGCAUGAAGCAGAACAACUAAGAAGAAAAUUAAAAUCUCCCCUUUCCACCGCUUCAUAUCAAAAGGAAGACGAGAAGGGUAAACAACAGGUAAUUGCAGUUGCUGAGAAUGUACAGGAAGGUAAGAAUGAGUCAGAAAGUGAUAGUGACAGCGAUAGUGCUGUAGAUGAGAAAAAUAAGUUAACAGAUAAACUUUCUCCUUCAGAUGAGGAGGAUUUAGAAGAAGCUGCAUUUAAAUAUCAUAAUGAAGAUUAUCCUCCCUUUUUAGCUCCAGUUGUAACAGGGAGGCCAAGAAAAAAAUCUAUUAAACCUUUGCCUAACAGAGUAGGCUUUUUAGGAGCAGUUGCAGAGGCUCAACAACAAGGAGAUCUGAGCAUCUGCUGCCCUGUCAUCUGGGCAAUAGAUGAUGAUGGUGAGCCCCAAUGGGAGCCUUUGUCUUUUAAGAUCAUUAAAGAAUUAAGAACAGCAGUAAGGGAUUUGGGACCAACUUCCCCUUAUGCUGUUCAAUUGGUAGAAAAUAUUGGCUCUCGAUGGCUCACACCUUUUGAUUGGCAACAAACUGCUAAAUCAUGUUUAACUCCUGGUCAAUAUUUGUUGUGGAAAACGGAGUAUGAAGAGCAGGCAAAAUCAGCUCUUCAGUCACAAAUUCUUAAAGGGACCAGGGGCAGAGAAAAGUUAAUUUUAGGACAAAGACCCAUGAAGACCAUAGAAAUUGAAGGAAAGAAAUUUAAAGGGCUUUUAGAUACAGGGGCUGAUGUGACUUCCUUUUUCGUAGGGGCCUCUGUUACCAGACAGGCUGACCCAAUAAUCUGGAAAAGUAAUCAUCCAGUUUGGGUGGAACAGUGGCCCCUAAGUAAAGAAAAAUUAGAAGCAGCCACAAAGUUAGUACAAGAACAAUUAGAACAAGGACAUAUAGAACCAUCAAAUAGUCCUUGGAAUACUCCAAUAUUUGUUAUUAAAAAGAAAUCUGACAAAUGGAGACUUUUACAAGAUUUAAGAGCAGUAAAUAAUACUAUGGAGACUAUGGGAGCUCUUCAGCCUGGGCUUCCUUCUCCAGUGGCUGUGCCUAAAGGAUAUAAUAUAGUAGUUAUUGAUUUACAGGAUUGCUUUUUCACUAUUCCUCUUGCUGAACAGGACCGAUGGCGAUUUGCAUUUAGUUUGCCAUCUCCAAAUUUACAAAGACCUUAUCAAAGAUUUCAAUGGAAAGUUCUGCCUCAAGGUAUGAAAAAUAGUCCUACAUUGUGUCAAAAGUUUGUGGAUCAGGCUCUGCUUCAAUGCAGACAGAAAUAUCCAGAAUGUUAUAUUAUUCAUUAUAUGGAUGAUAUAUUGUUGGCUCAUUAUCAAACAGAAUUGUUACAACAGGCUCUUGCUGAACUUGUGAAAGAUUUACAACAGUGGGGAUUAAUAGUAGCCCCAGAAAAAAUACAACAAGAGCCACCCUAUAAUUAUCUUGGCAGAACAAUUAAAACAGACUAUAUAAUGUCACAAAAAUUACAAAUAAGAAAAGAUAAACUUGUGACUCUUAAUGAUUUUCAAAAAUUAUUGGGAGAUAUUAAUUGGAUACGGCCUUUUUAA